AUGCUUAAAAACGUCGAACUUCGCAAACUCCCUGCUGAUGUUCUUUGUCAAGUUGUUAAUAUAUUAGAGAUAAACGAUGACUGGAAAAGAGUCAUGUCUAUUAUUCCAAAAAAAAUACAAGAUGAAAAUUCUGCACGUAAAUAUAAUAAUGAACACAUAAGAUUAAUAGAAGAGCAUGCAAAAUCAAGUAAUCAAAAAUGUGCAGAGAUACUCAUGGAUGAAUGGGGGACAUCAGGCAGAGUUAGGCCUACUCUAAGUCAUUUAAAAGAUAUUUUAAUUAAAGCAGAAAUAUAUAGAGCUGCUGACCUAAUAGCACACAUGUUAAAAGAACCCUUGCCUAAGCGCCCAACCUAUGGUCCAGCUGCACCUAUAACAAGUAUUACUGAAAUGUUAAAUGAAGAAGGUUUAGAUCAAGGAUUCAGUAAUAACAUGUCAGUCUCUAAUAAAGAUUAUAAUGGAACAACUAGAAAAAUGGAAUCUGUUAGUGAUUUUAUACAUUUUUCUGGUAAUAGCACAGAUGAGGCCCCAGUUGAGAAAGAAUCUCAGUCUGACUUAAUAGAGUUCACAAAAGACACAAGAACAGAAGAAUCUUUGAAUGUACCAGCAUUGAGUGUACUGAUGGCAUCUAAGAAUUUUAGUCAAAAGUCGACUUCACCUUUAACGAAUGACUCUUCGGAUACUGAAAGUUCAUUUCAGAGUUACUCUGAAAAUACUAAUCAAAAUUAUAGUAAAUAUGACAUGAACAAUUAUCAGCAAACUUUUCCAGAUAUUCCUAUGUCGUCAGGAAUAGAGACCACUAUACUAGAAGAUGUAAAGCUAAAUAAUUUUGAUUAUUAUGAAUUGGAAAGUAUUACAGGAAACUUUUCUAAUGAAUUAGAAGAUGGUCCAAAAGGUCUUAGAGGGAAAAUAGGUAGUGGAGGUUUCGGGAAUGUUUUUGUUGGAAAACAUCAAAAAUAUGGUAUGCUUGCUGUCAAGAAAGCCCAUAGUUCCCAUCUUAACAUAGAUCGUAGACCUAAUAUUGCUAUGAAGAUAUUUAAUGCAGAAGUAAAAUUUUUAUCUCAGUUUAGACAUAAAAACAUUGUGUCUAUCAUAGGUUACUCAAGAAACGGACCAACACCAUGUAUUGUUUGUGAAUAUGUAGAUGGAGGUUCUUUAGAAAAAAUAAUUGAGGCUAAAGAGUUAAGAGUUGAAGCUCAAAGAAUAAAUAUAAUGGUAGGAAUAGCUGAAGGAUUAAAAUACUUACACACAAGUGAAGAAUCAUUGCAUAAUAAGGAUAAUGCUGAUGUAGGGUCAGGUGCUGAUUCAGUUCCACAAAAAUUAAAUAAAAAAAUUAUUCAUGGAGAUGUUAAAACUGCCAAUAUUCUUCUGACUAAAGAUUAUGUGCCUAAGCUGUGCGAUUUUGGCGUUGCUAAGCAAUAUGAUGCUACAUUUAUGACAACUUGUUUUAUGGGAACAUCUGCAUAUAUGGCACCUGAAGCUUUACAAGGAACGGUUACUCAAAAAACAGAUAUCUUUAGUUAUGGUAUUGUACUGUUAGAAUUACUCACGGGUCUUAAACCCAUCAUUAACCAUAAUGGCUGUAAUUAUAACAUAAAACAUUAUGUUGAGGAAAACUGCACUCAAGAAGAUAUCACUCCUUUAUUAGAUCCAAUUGUUGAAACUUGGAAAAAUGGUAGUAAAGUUUAUGAUUUGGCCAGAAGUUGUUUCAAGUACAACUGGAAGAAUAGACCUAGCAUUACUGAAGUUUGCAACGACUUGAUCAAUAUUAACAAUGGGACAAAU